UUUUAAGCCAAUGAAAUAUUGGCAUUCUGAAGGUGUGUUGCUUGCGAAGUCGUAUUGGUGACAUUUUCUGACCUACUGUUGCAGCAAUGACUAGUUAUACAGACAAAGGGCCUAAGCCAGAGGCGGGCAGGUUCAUCACCUUUGACCACAUCACAUUUUGGGUUGGAAAUGCCAAACAGGCAGCUUCCCACUACUGCACAAGGCUGGGGUUUGAACCCUUCAUGUACAAGGGGCUGGAGACGGGGAGCAGAGAGGUUGCUUCCCAUGUCGUCAAACAGAACAAGAUCCUAUUUGUAUUCCAGUCAAUGCUAGAACCCAACAAGCCAGCAGAUAUGGGACAUCACCUGGUGAGACACGGAGAUGGCGUUAAAGAUGUCGCGUUUGAGGUGGAGGAUUUAGACGCCAUUGUCAAGAAAGCAAAGUCCAGAGGAGCUGUUGUGGUGAGGGAUGUCUGGGAGGAAUCUGACCAGUACGGGAAAGUCAGGAUGGCCACCGUCCAGACCUAUGGGGACACAACUCACACGCUGAUUGACAGGUCCAACUACAAAGGUCCAUUCUUGCCUGGCUAUAAGGAAACCACGGUCACGGAUCCUCUCUCUAAACUGCUACCCCAGUGUGGCCUGCUCCAUGUUGACCACAUUGUGGGCAACCAGCCUGACCUACAGAUGAACGACGCAGUCGACUGGUAUGAAAAAAAUCUAAUGUUCCACCGCUUCUGGUCUGUGGAUGAUAAACAGCUGAGCACAGAGUUCUCCGCCCUUAGGUCAAUUGUGGUCACUAAUUAUGAAGAGACAAUUAAGAUGCCAAUUAAUGAACCUGCUCCAGGAAAGAGGAAAAGCCAGAUCCAGGAAUAUGUGGAUUACUACGGUGGGGCAGGUGUUCAACACAUUGCCAUGAGAUCAAACAAUAUCAUUGAAAGUAUCACUAAUUUGAGGGCACGAGGUCAACAGUUUCUUGAAAUACCUGCCACUUAUUACAAGACAUUGCGAGAAAACUUGAAAAAUGCUCAGAUUAAAGUGACAGAAGACCUUGAUGAACUACAGAAGCUCCACAUCCUCAUUGAUUUUGAUGAAAAUGGCUACCUGCUGCAAAUCUUCACCAAGAACAUGCAGGAUAGGCCAACACUGUUCCUUGAGGUUAUACAGAGACACAACCACCAGGGUUUCGGUGCCGGCAAUUUUAAAUCCCUGUUUGAAGCCAUCGAGGCCGACCAGAAUGAAAGGGGCAACCUCUAAUAGCUGGCUGCGUAGUUCUACAAUUCUACCCGUGAUCUGAAAUAUUUAGUUUUUAUUGUCUUUAUGUGUUUUAUAUCAUUACUCCUGUUACCAAUGAUUAGAUACAUGCUUGAUGGGAUAUGUUUAUGUAGGCUGCUAUCUUUCACAACAAAUAUAUGCAAAGAACUGAUUUUUAAAAGUAAAAUAAUGAUUGCUACUUAAUUUUAGAUUUUUCAUAUUUAUAAAUCACAGCUAAAUGAAAUUAAUUAGUUGUUUUAAGACUGAAGCCAAUGUUUAAGUCAGUUUCUAGCAUGGGGGUCAAGAAAGCUACCUUUUGGCAGGAUGUACUAGAGUCCCUACACGCAUCUAAUCUGGAUUGGGUUAACCUAACAAUAACAUAAUCAAUUUAUUUAUCAGUUGAUGGAAAAUUCAGUGCAUUUAACCCUUUGCUCUUGGACAUAUUCUUAAUAUCAUCUCAGUCCACAUUAGUUAGUCAUCCAUUCAUUUGUUAUUUAAUGUUGAUCAGCAUCAGGGACCAUAUCAAUAUGCCGAGGAUUAUUUAGUUACCUCUCUUGGUUUUUUAAUUGUUUUGUUAUAUAAAAUUCUUCAUAUUUUUCUAGUUAUUCACAAUAUUAUUUUCUAAUGUAGCAUUAAUUAGGUUGCAUUAGAAUAAGUUUAUAAUCAGAAUAAAUUAUUUAGAAAAAUUUUGACUAGACACUUAUGGUGAUUGUUGCUAAAGUGCCUUUUGAAUUUAUUAUCUGUCCAAGAUGGUGGCAUUUCAAAUAAAUUGUGCAUGAUUUAUUUCAGUCUGUAAUAUUUUAACUAAUUUUUAUUUUACGUGCCUCGUAUUAUAAAAGAGAGGAAUUUUGUAAUUUCUUGUUAUGCCCUUUGGUGGCAGCUGUGUACAGAAUAUCUUGUUUUCUUUUUAUUUAGCCUGUUGUUGUAGCUGCUACAGUCUGAUGUUGUAGCUGCUACAGUCUGAUGUUGUAGCUGCUACAGUCUGAUGUUGUAGCUGCUACAGUCUGAUGUUGUAGCUGCUACAGUCUGAUGUUGUAGCUGCUACAGUCUGAUGUUGUAGCUGCUACAGUCUGAUGUUGUAGCUGCUACAGUCUGAUGUUGUAGCUGCUACAGUCUGAUGUUGUAGCUGCUACAGUCUGAUGUUGUAGCUGCUACAGUCUGAUGUUGUAGCUUGUACAUAAGGGUUGAGGGAUUGUACUAUCACUUGUAUAGAGCAGAGCUUGACGCCUCCAUUUGUAGCACUGCCAGAUGUGGGGUUUUAUUGCUGUAGCUGUUUUUGUUCAUUUUUGGCAUAAUAAAAUAACUAUUCACAAUAGCUAGAAAGCCUAUUCAUAUUCCAUUAUUACUUUUUUAGUCCCAAAUAGCACUCGCAUUACUGUUUACUAUAAUUCAAGCAGAGCUUUUUCUAAUUUUGUAGUUGUCUGUAGACAUGUUUAUCUGGCAAGUUGGGCACAAGUGUUAGUCCUAGUUGUUGAAUACUUUUUUACCACUUGUCAUUGUGCUCUGUUGAUUUAUUGCUGAUGUCAGAUCUAGUACUAAGCUGUCUGUGAAAUGUAAUAUAUGUUUUAAAUGGUAGUCUUUAAUCAGAAUAAUUUGAUAGGAUUUAAAGAUGUUUACAUUCCACUAUGUUAACCUUUUUGUUUACUUUACUGCCACUGUUAACCUUUUUGUUUACUGCUCAAAGUUGAGAUGUUUGUUGCCAGAAUUGCAGGAAUAAAAUUUGACUUGAGCUGUGAUUGUA